AAUUUUUUUAAACUAGAAACUCAACAGAUCAGGGAUUCUGUCAGGUCACAAGUUUCAGUUCCUCACCAACGUGUGUGCGUGUUUGAGUGCGUGUCUGUGUGUGUCUGUGUGUGUCUGUUUGUGUGCGUCAGUGAGCUCCUAAACUCUGCUGGUGAGACAGAAACCUCGGCUGUUACUGGACCAUGGCAGGUUAUUAUGGGAUGGCUGCUCUGGUGGGCGUGGCUUUGCUUCUGAAGGCCGGCCAAUGCGACGCGAGCUGCGACGGCCGUCCAGGAGCGGCAGGAUCCCCCGGCAGGGACGGGUGGGCCGGAGUGAAGGGAGAGAAAGGAGAGCCUGAUGCCGCAAUGGCUGACAGGUCUGUUGAUGAAGGCGUCCUACAGAGGAUGAAGGGACAGGCGGGAAAUCGAGGUUUGCAAGGAGCCAUUGGUCCGAAAGGUUUCAGAGGAGAUCUGGGAGCAGCAGGUUACCCGGGAAUACCUGGCCCCCCCGGCCCUGAGGGGAGCAGCAUCGGCCUUGGUCAAGACUCCUCUCAACAGGCCGUCUCAGCUUUCUCAGUGAUCAGGACGGAGAGCAGUUACCCUCGAUACAACCAGCCGGUGACCUUCCAGACGACUGUGGUCAACAGAGGCAGAGACUUCACUGCAGCCACAGGUUACUUCACCUGCAGAGUACCGGGCGUUUAUUACUUCACCUUUCACUCUGGGGCCAAGGUCAGCAUGUGUCUGCGUCUGGCCAGCGACGCUCUAACCAACAAGCUGGGAUUCUGUGAUUACAACAGGAACAAUGAUCAGGUGCUGUCAGGCGGCGCGGUGCUUCAGCUGACGGUCGGACAGAAGGUUUGGCUCGAGUCCUUCAAGGACCAGCAGACGGAUUCUGAGGCAAGAGACACAAAAGAUAAAUCCAUCAUCUUCAACGGCUUCCUGCUGUUCUCCUAACGUUGAGCUGAGAACCCACCAGCACCGGAGUCAGCGGAGGAGACCCGGGACUGAGAUGAUCCAGAACCUUGUGGUUUUGUCUCCUUGUCAUUGAUGCUGUAAAUCCUGUUUGAAGGUUUGACUGUUUCUGUGAACGCAACAAAAACUAAAUAAAAGUUUAUUGUCGA